AAACACCGGCCAUUUUUCUCUAUUUGUAGCAGCCAGGACAGCUUGAGUAGAGUAUCGGAGAGUGUUACGAUCACUUUGAUAAGCGUACAACUUUUGGCAAGUGCAUUUUUGGUGUCCAUCCAUCCAGACUUCCUACAAACUGAACACGAACCAUGUUUGUGUUUACUGCUGCAAAGUUUUUUCGAUGACAUCCUUGUCUGGGUAGAUGCUUGUCUAAACUGUCGUACAAAUGGAAAUGGUGCCUAGCGAUGAGAACCAGUUCGUACCCAAAGAGGACAUGUUUUGGAGGAGCAGACAGAAGAUCCAGAAUGCGGCCGAGGAGCCCAGAGUGCUGUGUAUAAUUCAGGACACCACCAGUGCAAAAACGGUCAACGAGAGGCUGACUCUCAACCUGCCUGCUUCCACUACUCUUUCCAAACUUCAUGAGGACGUUGCACACAAAGCCGGAUAUGUGAAUGACACCUUUGACCUCACCUGGGCAAACAUUACAGACAUGGCACCGCUGGAACACAACAGUGAGAUGUCCCUCUCAGAUUCUGGGUUUGAGCCCGGUAAGAAAAAUUUCCUUCAGCUCACAGAUAAAGAUGGAGAGCAGCCACGGGUUGUGUCGGAAGAGUCAGGAACAGCGGACAGCAGCGGACUGGAUGACAGUUCUCAGGAGCGUUUUAUUGGGCCUCUACAGAGAGAUGGCAGUGCAUGUGGCAGCGGCGACUACAGCAGUCCAUCCUACUCCUACUCGUCUAUUCUCAGCAAAUCUGAUACAGGUUAUGUUGGCUUGGUUAACCAAGCUAUGACGUGCUAUUUGAACAGUCUUCUGCAAACACUUUACAUGACCCCAGAAUUCAGAAAUGCGCUCUACAACUGGGAGUUUGAAGAGUCAGAGGAGGAUCCAGUUACCAGUAUUCCCUAUCAGCUGCAAAGACUGUUUGUUCUGCUGCAGACCAGUAAGAAGCGAGCGAUUGAGACCACUGAUGUGACGCGGAGCUUCGGCUGGGAUAGCAGCGAGGCUUGGCAGCAGCAUGAUGUCCAGGAGCUGUGCAGAGUCAUGUUUGAUGCCCUAGAGCAGAAGUGGAAGCAGACUGAACAGGCUGAUCUGAUCAACCAGCUGUACCAAGGAAAGCUGAAGGAUUACGUUCGCUGUUUGGAGUGUGGCUACGAGAGCUGGAGAAUUGAUACUUACCUGGACAUCCCUCUGGUGAUCAGACCCUUUGGAGCCAGCCAGGCCUACGGGAGUGUGGAGGAGGCUUUGCAGGCAUUCAUCCAGCCAGAAACUCUGGAUGGACCCAACCAGUACUUCUGCGAACGCUGCAAAAAGAAGUGUGACGCGCGAAAGGGUCUGAGAUUUCUGCACCUUCCUUACCUGCUGACCUUACAACUGAAAAGGUUUGAUUUUGACUACACCACCAUGCAUCGCAUCAAGCUUAAUGACCGCAUGGUGUUCCCCGAGGAGCUGGAUAUGAGUCCAUUCAUCGAUGUGGAAGAUGAGAAGUCACCUCAGACAGAGAGCUGUACUGAUAGUGGAGCAGAGAAUGAAGGCAGUUGCCACAGCGACCAAAUGAGCAAUGACUUCUCCACUGAUGACUGUGUGGAUGAGGGCAUCUGCUUGGACAGCACCAGCAGCACGGAGAGGGCGCUGAAGCCAAAGAGCUUGUUGACCUUUGAGCUGUUCUCCGUCAUGGUCCAUUCAGGGAGCGCUGCUGGUGGCCACUACUAUGCUUAUAUCAAGUCUUUCAGCGAUGGCCAGUGGUACAGUUUCAACGAUCAACACGUUAGCAAGAUCACCCAGGAUGAUAUCAGGAAGACAUAUGGGGGGUCAUCGGGGAGCAGAGGCUAUUAUUCUAGUGCCUUUGCAAGCUCGACAAAUGCGUACAUGCUGAUUUAUAGACUGAAAGACCUCUCAAGGAAUACGAAGUUUCUAGCUGUGGAAGAUUUCCCAGAGCACAUAAAGAGUUUGGUUCAGAAGGAGAAAGAGUCUGAAGAGCAAGAGAAACGCCAGAGGGAGAUCGAACGCAAUACUUGCAAGAUCAAGCUUUUCUGCAUGCAUCCUGUGAAGAUGAUGGUGGAGAGCAAGCUGGAAGUUCACAAGGACAGAACUCUCAGGGAAGCGACAGAAAUGGCCUACAAGCUGAUGGAGCUGGAAGGAGCCGUCUCACUGGACUGCUGUCGCUUGGUGAAGUAUGAUGAGUUCCACGAGUAUCUGGAGCGAUCGUAUGAAGGGGAGGAAGACACUCCGAUGGGGCUCCUCCUCGGCGGAGUCAAGUCCUCGUACAUGUUCGACCUCCUGCUAGAGACACGCAGGCCAGAGCAGGUGUUCCAGCCUUACAAACCUGGAGAAGUGAUGGUGAAGGUUUUUAUUGUUGAUCUGAAGACCGAGACCAUUACCCCUCCAGUCAGCGUUCGAGCGUACCUGAACCAGACAGUCACCGAGUUCAAACAGCUUAUUGCACAGGCUACGGGGCUUUCUGCAGAGACCAUGCGAGUGGUCUUGGAGCGCUGCUAUAAUGACCUCCGGCUUCUCUAUGUUCCAAAUAAGACGCUUAAAGCUGAAGGAUUCUUCAGGAGUAACAAGGUUUUUGUGGAGAGCUCUGAGUUGGCGGAUCAUCAGGUUGUGUUCACUGACUCACUCUUGUGGAAACUGUUGGAUCGUCAUGGGAAUACGAUCCGGCUGUUUGUCUUACUACCUGAACAGUCUCCUGGUGCUCUGACCAAUAGAACUGUUUGCCAAAAGGCAGGAGAAGACACCGACGGUCCCUUAGAGGGGUCAAAGGGCAACAGGAAAUCUGUGGAAGCUAUCCUGGAGGAAAGCACAGAAAAGUUAAAGAACUUGUCUCUGCAGCAGCAAGGCUCCAGCACUAGCGACAGCCAGAAAAGUCCUGACACCAGCGACUUUGAGCAUAUUGAAUCCCCGACCCAAGAGGCCCACUCAAACUCUUCUCUGUGCGUGGCCGCAGACAACAGAGGGUUGGAGAACCGGAUCAGAGCCACGCCCGGCAGCAGCGGAGGGGCCUCCUCCGACACAGAGAACCCAUUUGUUUGCGAGGAACGGUCAGACUCUGAGGUGAACAAUGAUCGUAGCACAAGCUCAGUGGACAGUGACAUCCUGAGCUCCAGCCACAGUAGCGACACGCUGUGCAACGCCGACAGCGGCCCCAUUCAGCUGGCCAACGGCCUGGAUUCACAUAGCAUCACAAGUAGCCGACGCUCCAAAGCACACGAAGGCAAAAAAGAGACGUGGGACACAGCUGAAGAGGACUCCGGGACGGACAGCGAGUACGACGACAACGGGAAGAGCAAAGCAGAAGCUCAGUACCUGUACUUCAGAGCGGAGCCAUUUUCUCAGGACGAAGCUUCGUGGGAAACACAAAAAUGUCUAGUGGUCCACGUGGACAAGAGGAUAACAUUAGCAGCAUUCAAACAGAAGCUGGAGCCUUACGUAGGAGUAGUGUCGUCCCAGUUCAAGGUGUUUCGGGUUUAUGCCAACAACCAGGAGUUUGAGAGCGUACGGCUGAACGAGACACUCUCGUCCUUCUCUGAUGAUAACAAGAUUACUAUUCGACUCGGAAGAGCCCUGAAAAAGGGUGAAUACAGAGUUAAAGUGUAUCAGCUCAUGGUGAAUGAACCAGAGCCCUGUAAGUUCCUUGUGGACACGGUGUUUGCCAAGGGCAUGACUGUCAGACAGUCCAAGGAGGAACUGCUUCCUCAGCUAAAAGAGCAGUGUAAGCUAGACCUCAGCGUCGACAGAGUUCGUCUCAGGAAAAAAACCUGGAAGAAUCCAGGCACCGUCUUUCUGGAUUACCACAUCUACGAGGAAGACAUCAGCAUUUCCUCCAACUGGGAAGUUUUCUUGGAAGUCCUUAAUGACCCAGAGAAGAUGAAGUCCAUGUCUCAGCUGGCUGUUCUGACUCGAAGGUGGAGUCCAGCUACGAUGAAACUGGGACCUUUCCAGGAGGUGAUUCUGGAGAGCAGCAGUGUUGACGAACUCAAAGAGAAGCUUAGUGAAGUCAGUGAAGUUCCUCUUGAGAAUGUGGAGUUUGCAAAGGGUAGAGGAACUUUCCCGUGUGAUAUAUCCGUGCUGGAGAUCCAUCAGGAUUUGGACUGGAACCCCAAGGUGUCGACUCUCAACGUGUGGCCUCUUUACAUCUGUGACGACGGAGCCGUGGUGUUCUACAGGGACAGCAGGGAAGAACCUCUGGAGCUCUCGGAGGAUGAGCGUAACGAGCUCAUGAAGAAGGAGAGUAGUCGACUGCUCAAAACAGGACAUCGUGUCAGCUACUCUCCUCGAAAAGAAAAGGCUCUCAAGAUCUACCUGGACGGCGGCCCCGUGAGAGACCCGGGACAGGACUGAAGAGCGGGGAAUGACUCUUGGUGUCUGUAAUCGUCCGGCUGCUGCAGGAGAGCAGCCAGGCGUUGGGACUCUGAUUGUCGAGCCCAGUAGUGACUUGGAAGUCCAGCAGCACUGUGAGGCAGAUGAGCUCUCACCCCCUCUCAGAGCCCCAGGGCUGGCUCAAAAACCCUGCUGUGCACUAGAGUGUGUUGUACUGUAAAGUUUAAAGGGAAAGUACAAACGCUGUUCUCACAGGAAAGAAGAAUUCUGUAUUGACAAAUCAUUUGAAAUAAAAAGCUACAGAUGUGGA